CUUUCUUAAACAAGUUCACUUUCUGUACUUCCUUCUUUCCAACAUCAGCUGGGCGACACGGUCCACUGUAAUUCUUCUAAAACUGCAAAACAAUAAUUCUACACUUGGGAUUGUUUGGCAGUAGAGUAGUCUGUGUGUGAACAUGGAGACAGUCAGCAUGUUACUGAUUGUCCUGUUUGUUUCAGGUGCUUUGGCUGGUUAUUCCUAUAAAGCAGACCUUUUCAUAACUGCACCAAAGCAGCUGGAAGCACUGAGUGGAUCUUGUUUGCAAAUCCCAUGUAGGUUCAGACCCAAAGAAGAACAGAAAUUUAACAACAAAAGUGAAAUUUUUGGAGUGUGGAUUAAAAAUAAUCCCGAAUUUGCCAACGAGGCAAACAAUGUGCUCUUCAACAGUAGUGGAGCAGUUAGCAUCUAUCCAAUAAGUAUUACUGGAAACCUGAGUCAGAGAGACUGCACCACUCUGUUUACUAAUUUAACCACCACAUACACAAACAAAUACUUCUUCAGAGUAGAGAGUGAAACAUUCAAGGCAACAGCAGCUUGUGAUCCUCUUCAAAUAACAGUCACAGAUUCUCCUUGGAGGCCAAAUAUCACCAUCUCAGGUGAUCUGAAGGAGAAGGAGUCUGUCACUAUAACCUGCUCAGCUCUCACUCCCUGUCCACACUCCCCUCCUCAACUCACCUGGAAUCUCCAACAAGACUCUCACAACAAAAUAGAGCAAAACACAGAUGGAAGCUUUACAACUAAAAUCCAGCAGAACAUCACUCUGUCAGACACACAUGAUGGAAAGAAGAUCAGCUGCUCUGCCAGAUAUCCUGUGAACCAAGGAAACGACACCAAGACAUCAGAGACAGAAGAGACUCUCAGUGUUUCAUGUAAGACAAUCAGAGUUUGUUGUUGAACUGAAGCCUUCAAGACACACGUGUCAAACUGCAGUCCCGGAGGGCUGGUGUCCUGAAACCUUUCCACGUAUCCCUGAUGCAACACACCUGAAUCAAAUAAGUAGGU